UGAUCAAAUGGAUGUCGCCAGAGUUACCUUUCUUGGAGAGCUCUCUAGGUAAAGAAUUAAGACUCGGUAGCAAGCGAUGGUAGUUACUUGCACGUCGGGACCCUGCUACCUGAGCUUCUUUACCAUCUGAAAGCUCAUGGGAGGGCAGAAACAACAUCUAUUCUUUCAUGACGUCCCAAGAUCACCUAUGCGCUUUUGUGCAUAGGACCAAAGAGAAGAAACCAAGCUAACAUACAGGCAUUUUCUGCUAUGGGCACAUGAAGUUGCAACAUUCAUGCUUUUGACAAGCCAUCCAAUCAUUGCCUGACAAUACCCACUGGAACAGCAGAGAGUAUUUUUCAACCAUUAGAGAUGACUAAUCCCAUAGUAACACUAAAUGUUGGAGGCAUCCUCUAUACCACCACAACUUCUACACUGCAAAAAUAUCCAGACUCUAUGCUUGGAGCCCUUACCAGUGGAAAGCACUGCACCAUGCUGGAUAACCAUGGUAACAUAUAUAUAGACAGGGAUGGUGCCAUGUUCAGACACGUUCUUAACUUCUUGCGUACCAGUGCACUUUGCUUGCCAUCUGAUUUUUCAGAGAUGGAUCUUCUUGUAGCUGAAGCUGAUUUUUAUCAAGUGAAACCUCUCAUUGAUGUGCUUCGGCAUAAAUGUCAAGAAAGGCCUGCUGAGGUUUUUUAUUAUUUAGAAAUUACAGAAAUCAGGACAGGCUCAACUGCAACAAUGCCUACAAACAAUUCUCGAGUGAAGACCAUCCUGUCUGGACGAAAAGAUGUAAUUUUGUCUUUGCCAUCAACAGUGAUAGGAGCUGAUGUCAUGGAGAAACUGCAGUGCAAGGACAAUUUAGACCACAUGGAGGUAGAACUGUAUGGCAGCAGUGCUCGCCUGAAGGUUGGAGAAGAGCUGAAGAACAAAGGCUGGGAAAUGGUGGCCUCUGACUUGUCAUCCUCAUCAGCAUUUGAUGGAAGGUCCUCCAAUUGUCUGGUUAUAGAACACAGCUACAGAGACCGAUGGUGCUUGACAUGUAGCAGAGAUGAGUUUGUAACUGGAGAUGAAAUCAUCGAAAUCAACAGGAUGUGAAACUGUGAGAAAAUGAAUCUUGGUGGUCCAUAGAAAUUGAGAAUAUAGCCUGCUCUUCCAGAGAAUCAGAGUAAGACUUAGCUUUGUGGUGUCAACUUGACUGGGCUGGAUCCUCUAUCCUUUGAAAGACUGCCAACCACUUCUGGCCAUUAUUUCUUGUAACCUUUUGCCCUUCUUCUGUACUGUCAUACAGCUUGGAAACAACAAUGUCACUUGCCUGAAAAAAAGGAGGAAAAUGAGUAGAAGAGAAAGUUGCAACAUCAAGAUGUUUACUGAAAAUAAUGUGUUGGAAUAACAUGGUGUACUUGAUGUGUUUAAGUCUUACUACACAUAUACAUUCCUUUUCAAAUACUUGUACAGUACUUCUAUGGCAGGGUUAUAUUUAACAGAUCUUCAGUGAUACUGCAUGCCAGUCAUGCUCAUUGGUAAACACAGACCUUGAGGAAAACACGAUCUCCAACCUACAUUAAUAAAAAAAAAUUGCAACUGUUUAAUUGUUACAACUAAGGAUAACCCCCCCACUGAAUUUUCUGAGCCUCUAUUGCCAGUGAUACCUAACAUACACAGUAUGCAAAACAUUUGUCGUCUAUAUAUAGGAUCCACAAAAAUUUAACAGACACAAUACUAUCACUACUUUUAUUAACUCCAUUCAGACGUGUACUGAAAUGCCAUGCGUGGCCUAAAUGUGUGUUAACAUGUGUGACAAACAGCUGAAUUUACAGUUAUUUCAAAAUUGUCCUACUCCAGAACUAUCAACCAUUCUACAGAAAACUGCUGCAUUUUAGGGGGAGGAGGGAGAGGGAGGUUUGGAGAAUUGGCGUUUUAUUCCAAACCAGCAAGUAAGGCUACAUUCAAAAGCGAAAUUAAUUCUAAAUCGCAUUAUCAUCACAUCAGUAAAUGCUUUUAUCAUCUGUAUAUUAAAAUUGAAUGCACAGUC